AGAAGGGGAUGUGGCGAGUCUCGAUCCUUACCAGAUUUGUUUGUAAAUGCAUCAGAAAGAGGCAGCACAGAAUGAAGAAAGCAAGUAGGUCUGUUGGCUCAGUGCCCAAAGUGCCUGGAAUAACUAAAACUCAAACAAUAGAAAAAAUCAAACCAGAAAACAGCUCCUCAGUGUCUACAGUAACAAAACUUUCAAAAACUGGGACAUCAACUUCCCUGCUGAAGACAAAAAGUAAUGAUGACUUUUUAGCAGGGAUGGCUGGUGGUGAAGUGAAAGGUGUCAAAGCAAAGAAGAGCAUCUGCACAUCCACAGCAUCUUCAGCUUCAGGGACCACCAUGAACAACCCUGAGAAUAAACCCAAGACUAUUGCAGGUAUGAGCUCCGCAGCCAAGCGUAGCACUUCAUCUGGAAAUAAAGAAUCUAGCUCUUCUAGGGAAGGAAUACGCGAUCGUUCCCGUUUGAACCAAAGCAAAAAACUGCCCUUGACCGGACAAGGAGCAAAUGAUACCGUUUUGGCAAAACGUUCCCGUAGUCGUACUAAUCCAGAAUCAGAUGUUCGGAUGAGCAAGUCCAAAUCGGACAAUCAAAUCAGUGACAAAGCUGCUUUGGAAGCUAAAGUGAAAGAUCUUCUGACUUUAGCAAAAACUAAGGAUGUGGAGAUUUUACACUUGCGGAAUGAACUCAGAGAUAUGCGUGCUCAGCUGGGCCUUAAUGAAGAUCAGUCUGAGGGUGAUGAGAAAUCUGAGGAAAAAGAGGCCAUUGUUCAGCAGCCAACUGAUGUAGAGUCUACACUAUUGCAGUUACAAGAGCAAAACACUGCCAUCCGAGAGGAACUCAACCAAUUGAAGAAUGAGAAUCGAAUGUUGAAGGACAGAUUAAAUGCAUUGGGUUUUUCUUUGGAACAAAGGCUAGACAACUCGGAGAAGCUCUUUGACUACCAGUCUUUGAGCCCUGAGAUCACAACUGGUAGCCAUAGUGAUGGUGGUGGCACUCUUACAUCUUCAGUGGAAGGUUCUGCUCCUGGUUCAAUGGAAGAUUUGUUGAGUCAGGAUGAAAACACCUUGAUGGACAAUCAACAUAGUAACUCCAUGGAUAAUUUAGACAGUGAGUGCAGUGAAGUUUAUCAGCCACUUACAUCAAGUGAUGAUGCUUUAGAUGCUCCAUCGUCUUCAGAGUCUGAAGGAGUACCAAGUAUAGAAAGAUCUAGGAAAGGAAGUAGUGGCAAUGCAAGUGAAGUUUCUGUAGCUUGUCUGACAGAAAGGAUACAUCAGAUGGAAGAGAACCAGCAUAGUACAGCUGAGGAGCUUCAAGCAACACUUCAGGAACUUGCAGAUUUACAACAAAUAACUCAAGAACUGAACAGUGAGAAUGAAAGACUUGGAGAGGAAAAAGUAAUUCUCAUGGAAUCCUUGUGCCAGCAGAGUGACAAGUUAGAACACUACAGCCGACAGAUUGAAUAUUUCCGUUCCCUUUUAGAUGACCAUCACAUCUCAUAUGUUAUUGAUGAAGAUAUGAAAAGUGGGAGGUAUAUGGAGUUAGAGCAACGUUAUAUGGACCUUGCUGAGAAUGCUCGUUUUGAACGAGAGCAACUGCUAGGUGUCCAGCAGCAUCUGAGCAACACCUUGAAGAUGGCAGAGCAAGAUAACAAAGAGGCCCAAGAAAUGAUAGGAGCACUAAAAGAACGUAAUCACCAUAUGGAAAGAAUUAUUGAGUCAGAGCAAAAAAGUAAGGCUGCACUAGCAGCCACCUUAGAGGAGUACAAAGCCACAGUAGCCAGUGACCAGAUUGAGAUGAACAGGCUAAAAGCUCAGCUGGAGCAUGAAAAGCAAAAAGUGGCUGAGCUGUACUCUAUACACAACUCUGGAGAUAAAUCAGAUAUACAAGAUUUGCUGGAGAAUGUCAGGCUGGACAAGGAAAAGGCAGAGACUUUGGCCAACAGUCUGCAAGAAGAGCUGGCUCUAACUCGCAAUGAUGCCAAUCGAUUGCAGGAUGCUAUUGCUAAGGUUGAAGAUGAAUACAGAGUCUUCCAAGAAGAAGCCAAGAAGCAAAUUGAGGAUCUUAAUGUGACUCUAGAAAAGCUUCGGGCAGAGCUGGAAGAAAAAGAGACUGAACGAAGUGACAUGAAAGAAACCAUCUUUGAAUUGGAAGAUGAAGUAGAGCAGCAUCGAGCUGUGAAACUUCAUGACAACCUCAUCAUAUCUGACUUGGAGAAUACAGUUAAAAAACUUCAGGACCAAAAGCAUGACAUGGAAAGAGAAAUAAAGACUCUUCACCGGAGGCUCCGGGAGGAGUCUGCAGAAUGGCGUCAGUUCCAAGCUGAUCUACAGACUGCAGUGGUCAUAGCAAAUGAUAUAAAAUCUGAGGCCCAAGAGGAGAUAGGAGACCUAAAGCGUAGACUGCAUGAGUCUCAGGAGAAAAAUGAAAAGCUCACUAAAGAGCUGGAAGAAAUAAAGUCACGCAAGCAGGAAGAGGAACGUGGCCGUGUAUACAAUUACAUGAAUGCUGUAGAGAGGGAUUUGGCAGCUCUGAGACAAGGAAUGGGGCUGAGUCGCAGGUCAUCCACUUCUUCGGAGCCAACUCCCACUGUAAAAACACUAAUCAAAUCUUUCGACAGUGCCUCACAAGUUCCAAGCCCUGCCACAGCCGCAAUUCCUCGCACUCCUCUUGGUCCAAGCCCCAUGAAAACACCCCCAGCAGCUGCUGUGUCUCCUAUGCAGAGGCAUUCUAUAAGUGGACCAAUAUCAACCUCCAAACCUCUUGCACCUUUGUCAGAUAAAAGAUCAAGCUAUGCAGAAAUCCCUGUUCAAGUUCAUUUGUUGAGAACUUCCUCUACUAGCAGACCAGCCUCAUUGCCAAGAGUACCUGCCAUGGAAAGUGCCAAAUCUAUUUCCGUGUCUAGACGAAGUAAUGAAGAAAUCAAACGGGAUAUUAGUGCACCAGAUGGAGCAUCUCCAGCCUCUCUCAUGGCAAUGGGAACCACCUCACCACAGCUCUCUCUCUCCUCUUCUCCUACAGCAUCUGUUACCCCUACAACACGAAGUCGAAUAAGGGAAGAAAGGAAAGACCCUUUAUCUGCUCUUGCACGAGAAUAUGGAGGAUCCAAAAGAAAUGCCUUGCUGAAAUGGUGUCAGAAGAAAACUGAAGGAUAUCAGAAUAUUGACAUCACGAACUUCAGUAGCAGUUGGAAUGAUGGGUUGGCCUUCUGUGCAGUCCUCCAUACUUAUCUCCCAGCUCACAUUCCAUAUCAAGAACUGAACAGCCAGGACAAGAGAAGAAACUUCACAUUGGCCUUUCAAGCAGCUGAAAGUGUUGGCAUCAAAUCCACUCUGGACAUCAAUGAAAUGGUGCGAACUGAACGUCCAGACUGGCAGAAUGUCAUGCUCUAUGUUACUGCAAUUUACAAAUACUUUGAAACCUGAAACCUUGUUAAUUCAAAAUAUUUGCAGGGUAGAAUCAACACUAGCUGCCAGACAGAAACAUGACUGAAAUGCUAAUCCUAGAUUCAUUGAAAUCUGGCAACAUUCAUGUCCCUCAACCUGCAGUGACACUAUCAUGGAUUGUCUCUUAACUGCUUCCGCCAACAAACUUUGGGACAUAGGUUAUAAGCAAGAAUGUGUUACCAGUAUGCUUGGCGUGUCCCUUUUAUUAAGUUAUCCAAAUUCAUAUGUAGCCUAAUAAGACUGGCCUUCUAAGAACUGCAUUUACAACUAGACUUCCUGAAGUUUUCAUGUUUUCUUGAAAGACUGAGAAUGCAGUAACAUACAAAUUUGAAUGUACAGCUAAAACUAUGAGAAGGGAAAGGAUGAAACAUCAUGAAUUUUCUCUACUAUCACAGACCACACAGUCUGUGUGAAUAUUGUAUCCCUAUGUACACUGCACCCCAAAUUCUUAAUAGUAACAGAAGUUACUGCCUUAAUUAGUUUUUCUCCUUUAAAGUGCACAAUAUUCAAGGGAAAGGAGCUUUUAUUCUGUCAUGCUUAUUUGACUGGAGUGUUCUCAGCACCUGGACAAACCUGGUGCAGAAGAACUCUUCAGUGUAAAGCUCUGUUUAAGCCUACCUCUGUUGCACAGUUAUGUGGCUUCCAACUUUAUAUAAUGAAUAAGGACUAGCACAUACUCUUCAAGCCAGGAAUUGUAUGCUGUAUUUACAUGGAAUUUUCAUAUAAUUUUCUGUGCUUCCAUAAUUAAUUAGAUUAAUCAAAAAGCAUCCAUGUAAAACUUCUCUAUCCUCUCCUUCCUUUGCCUGCAUAGCACACAGAAAUGUUGAGCUUUCCUUUACAGCAAUACAAGCAUACAAUAGCUAUGAUUUCAAUGGUAGAAUUAUGUUUGUGUGCUGUCUUCCUUACAGAGGAGAUAAUUGUCAGCAAUGGGUAUCUGCAGUAAGAUUAAUUAUGUGAUACUGUACUGGAAUAUUGUAUCUCAAAGACAAAUGCUUCCAAGGAAAGAAGGAAAAGCUUUGGUCUGCUCCGAUUGUAUUCUCUGAAAAUGCACCUCAGUUCAUGUGGCAACUCUCUGGGCAAAAGAGGUCAAGCAAGUGCCUUAAAAUAUCUUUGAGUUGGUAGACCCUGGAUCCUCCUCAUGGCUUUGUGCAGAAAAUUAGGAGCUCAAAAGGAUUUCUAGUGGCAAACUGAUGUCUACUGUUUCAAAAUGAUUUUGUAAUCCUUUACUUAUCAAACCAAGGGAAAGCCUUCACCCUACCAUUGUGUUCUUGCCUCCUCUUACAUAGUUAGCAACAGUUAAGCCACAGGAAAGAGACACCCCCCCUCUAAUAUUGAGCUGAAACUUUCAUUUAAUGACAACCUUUCACUUAACCUGCCAACAGCCCUGUUAGAAACAAUGAUUCUGUUAUUCCUAUUGUGUGCCUAUAACUCUUAUGAACAGUUUGAAUGAAUAGAUGUUAACAGCUCAGUGAAUGAAAUUGUGCUUGGCAACUAUGAAGUAUCAUCAGGAAUGAGAACACUGAUUCAGGUCAAAACUAUAUAGCUAGUCAGAAUAGCUAGAGGUUGGGAGGCUAAUGGUAGGCAGCCCCACAGGUAGUUAAAAAUUCUCAAGCUGUGAGUAAACAGGCUUGAUGAUCCGUGGCAACCAAGAGAAAAUGAUCACAGAAGAAUCUUCAAAUAAAAAUCUUCAUAAGCUUUGAGUAGAAAGAAAUUAGGAAUGUAUGCUAUAGCUUUCACAAACAGUUAAAUUCCCAUUUCUGCAUAUUUAUGCUACAUGCUUCUUUUACUUAUAAAUUUAAGUUGUCUAUUUAGUUGUCAUUUUAUUUAUUACAUGAAGCUUGAAGAAAAAUAUUGUUUCUAAUCAAAAAGCACUCAAGUCUAAAUUCCCAAAAAAUCUUUUUAUUUCGCAUAACUGAUCUCAAGGCUAUAUUUAGCUAUUUUUCUGCGAAGUGGUGCCUGAACUUUACUUUUCUGUAAGUCAUUAAUUGUAGUAAUAUUGCUCAUGUAAACAUCAUUAAAAGGGAACUCUGGUUUCUUCAAAUAUAUCCCAUUAGGCAACAUGACAGAAGAAUUAUGAAUCUGUAGAGAUGGAAUUUUAAAAAUGAUAAAUACAGACCUUUAUUAGAAAUUAAGAAAUCUACAGAUAACUACUUGGUGCGAUCGGUCUGUCUCUAUGGAUUCUUUCUGGUUUUUUGGUCUGAAGUUGUACUUGUUGUUGAUGGUACACAACUACUGGAGUCACAUCUGGAAAGAGGCAUGUGGCUCCGUAAAGAAACUUCCUAAAGACCCAUCUGAUCCUUUACAAAAAACACUGUUUUUCUGACACAAUGAAAGGAUAUUCAAGAAAGGGAUGCAAGAAAUAAAACAAACUGAACCUUAGUACACAGUAACGGAAUGUUCAGAGGCGGAAACAACAAAUCUAUCCUUUUGCUAAUUGGAAGAAUGACUUGCGUAACCAGUCUGGAUAAGAAUAAUACACUUAGUAUGGUUCCAACUCAUACUUCACCCUGAAAGGUGAACAGUUCUGUUACACAUUGUAGAGCACAAGCUUCUUGCUGAUUGACUUGAUUUUUUUUGUUCUGUUUAAUAUAUCUAAAUGUAUUCAAUAUGCCAAACAAUAUAUUGUAGAUUUUUACUGUAUUUUAGUGUGUGCCUUGCAAAUGCCUGUGUUUUGGUAGGUCAGUGUUAUUCAUGUCCAUCUCGGUAAGAGGUGCACAUACCGAAAACUGCUUGGACGUAUUUAUGCAGAUUUGGAUCUGUUGCUGUCUGGAUAAUAUUAAGUAAAACACAUUCCACUGAAUGUAAAGAUGUCUACCCAGUCGGGUAUGUCAAAUUUGUUUAAUGUGCAUGGUACAUCAGUGGUAAACGGAAUGAACAACUGAAGCUUUUUCUUUACCUUCAGGUAGCAUCAAAGGGAGGAAUAAGGUAUUUUUUAAUGUUAAAAUGGAUGGGGUUCUGAGUUUUUUUUUUUUUAAUGUCCGUUAUAAUAAUAAUAAAGGUGAUCUGACUUCAGAA